CCUCAUUACAUCCUACAACUCUUUGCCGUCAUCGUCAACCUUUGCAACAACGACUUGGCAUACACUCCUCACCCACUCCCCUCCAACCUACUGCACCCCCUUCGCGACACAGCACCACCCUUCAUCUACAUACAUACAGACCCGACAAUCAACAAUCCGAUCUCGAUUGGCUAGGCCCAUAGCACACGCGCAGCCCGAACUCUGAACCGACGCCGCCGUCAUCAAGUUUGAUCGGAUCGUGUGAGGGCCUGGGGUUUCUCAAACUCAUCCCAGAACCAUGGGUGGGGCAAUAUGUGGAGUGGAUACCGUCUUUGGCAUCUUCUCUAUGGAACGAAACCACCGAGAUGGCAAACGCAGUCUCCGACGGCGGCGGCGUGCGGCGGCGUGCGGCGGCGUUAGGAACCAAGUGCCUGCCUGCAUCAAAUGGUGUGACCUUGGGAUUAUCAUGGGCUGGCCGAUUGGCCUGGUGGUGGUACCCGGCCAAGAGGGGUGUGUAUGGGCGUCCUAUCCGUCACACAAUGUCCACAUCGGCAGUCUACUCUCCACACCAACCAUCUUCUUCCACUCUGCCAACAACAUCCGAGUCGACCGUUCUUACCAGCACACGCUACAGCCGCGGACGGUCGGCCAGCAACUUGCAACGCGCAAACAGCUCUUCCCCUCCUCCUCGCCCCAAACUCACACGCGCUCAACGGAGCCAGUCGACCAAAGAACAGUCACCCGACAAGAUGUCGGCAAGCUCCAGUCGCGCCAGUGCCGCACACGCCUCUGCGUCUGAUGACGCCGUCGAGGCUCAGGUUGCCUUGGACACUGGACUCGACACCAACAAACAAAACGAUGAUGACGACAGGAUGGAUGCCGACGAGGAGGGCGAGCCAGAACUCGACAACCUCGACCACGACAUUGAACCCGAAACGGCUGAUAGCCCAGUGGCGGGGAAUGAGUCGGGAAUGGAAGAAACCCCUGACCCUCCUGCAGAGUCAGCCGUGCCGCAUCAAAAGAUCAUGCUCGUCAUUGCCCGCAAGAGAAAGGUCGACGACGACACGACGACUGUCAGCUCUGAAGUUGGUCUGGAUACUCCAGCUAAUGCUGCAACGCCGGGAACCAGCGACCUCCCCGGCGCGGAAGAAUCAGCAGGCGAGGCCGUUGGUGACGACGACAAGCCACCCGCCAAGGCCCCAAGUGCCGCCUCCGAAGGCGUCCAUGCCACGGACGCCACAGCAGCCACCUCUACUUCGACCACGGACGCUGAGGCUGAGGCAGCAGCGACUGCCGCUGCUGUUGCUGCCGCAGCAGCGGCAGCUGAAGCCGAAGCUGCAAAGCCCAGACGUGCCCCUCGAAAGCGUCGAAAGUGGCUCAGGAAGGGCGAAGUGGACCCUGAUGACCCAAAGGCAGUGGCGGAACAAAAGGCACGCCAUGCGUUGAUCGACGCCGCCCUUGUUGCACUCGACGAGCAGGAGAAUCUUGUGCUUGACGGUACCCACCCAACCCUUAUCGCUCUAUGGGAGGAGCUCGACCGAAGACGUGAUCUUUUGAGGUCUCGGCUUGACACUGAGAUUGAGCUCGAACUGGAAGAGCUCGAAGGUUUCAGGAAAGAGCGAAUUAAUCAAACCCACUUUCAGUUCCAUGCUGAUUGUGAGGACCUGGCACUCGAGCUCAUGUUUGAGAACAGGCGCAAGAUGUCUCGUCUUGUUGCCGAGAAGACAUACCUCGACCGACACAAGGCAUCUACAAAACGCAAGUACACCAACAUGCCCACUCUGGGCGAAGGCCGUGGCUCGGGCGGCUGGCCUGUCCCUACCUCCAAGCUGCUCUCAAAUGGCACCGAGCCUACAGUUGAAACCUUUGUCGAUGGCGAGUCGCGUGAACGGCGCGACAUUGUUCUCGGUGUCAAGCCCAUCGCCGAGGACGACCUUGAGGACGACAUGAUUCGCAUGGGCCUGAUAGAACCAAGACCCGAGAAGAUCAGGUCGUCCCCAGAACCCGCCGUGCGCCCGCUGGUGUAUGCAGAGGCCGAACUACCCCCUCGAUCGUGGUCGAGGCCGCCUACUCAGGACCCAGCGUACGCCCCGAACAAGGCGCCCUUCGCACGACAACCCUCAUCCACGACGGCCCCAGCCUACCCCGACAACAAGUCUUACUCGACUGCUGAGCCCGUGUACCGCCGACCCUCUCCUCCACAGGUUGCAGCAGCUGUGGCCUCUGCCCCUCCCCCGCCACCUCAGCUUGGACGACCAAGAGACUUUGAUGUCUACCGCCAGCGUUCAUCAGACAAUGUCGAACCUGAGCGUGAAAUCCUCCCCGCCCCACGCUUGUUUGACCGACCUCCUGCACCCAGGCAUCCUGGACCAUUUGACGCGCCACCACCGCACUGGAUCAAUGACCCUCGGGAUCCUCGAGCAGAGCCUCCGCUCGCGCCCCCGCCUCGAGCCGACCCACGCGAUAUCCGGGCCGACCUUCGGGAUCCGCGCGCGGACCAGCGCGUUGACCCACGAGUCGACCCCCGUGCAGACCAUCACAUUGAUCCUCGUGUCGAUCCACGUGUUGAUCCUAGAGGCGAUCCUCGCGACCUUCGGCACGAGCCUCUUGCGGAUCCCCGCAACCUGCGCGGUGACCCUCGUGAUCCUCGUGGUGCUCCCCCUCCUCCCUCGCGCUACGACGACCCACCAGGUGGCUGGUGGGGAUCCUCGAGACCCGUCCCCCCUCCAGUCCCUUUCCACGAGCGCUCUCACAGUGGCCGAUUCGCCCCACCACCACCACCUCCUCCCGCCGCUGGCCUUGGCUCUGCUCGUCAUCCCCCUCCACCACCACUGCCCUCGUCCGGUGGCCCACCCGCCGGCGACCCAUACUUUUGGAGAAACGAUUGGAACGGAGGGGCGCCACCUCCCCGUGACUAUUACGCGCGCGACCGAUAUGGGCACCCACCACCUCCCGACCAAGGUCGCAUGUACCCGCAAGGCUCGAGUACGCCUGCAGCGUAUGCCACGUCGCGCGGCCCAUAGAAGCUCUCGCACUUCAAACCUAGCAUCAUCAGCAAAAUCUUGCUCUUCACUCACUUCAACUAUUUAGCAUCUUUGUUCUAUGUUGGCCCACGGGUUCCUGUUUGAGAUGGCGUCAUGUCAC